UUCUGCUUCACCACAGCCAGAGAGGAGGGCCGAUCAGACCCUGAUCCGCAGGACUCAGAUCAGCUCCACGCGUCUGAAAUUAAAGCACAUUUUUUUUAGACUGCAGACUUCUUUUGAUUCUGCUUAAAGGAAGAUGGCAAAUCUGUCAGAUAGAACCCUUUUCAUUUUCUUUGCUUCAGCACAGAUUUUUACACUUGUCUGCUGUCAGAUGUGUCCCCGGAGAUGCCAGUGCCCUAAAGAGCCGCCGGCGUGUCUCCCCGGGGUGCCCCUGAUUCUGGAUGACUGUGCCUGCUGCCUGGUGUGUGCUGGCCAAAAAGGACAGGCAUGCUCUGAUAUGAACCCAUGUGACACUCGCAGAGGGCUGCAGUGUGACUACACAGCUGACAUCCACAAGAGGACGGGAGUCUGCAAUGUUCAUAAGGGGAACGUGUGUGUUGUGGACGGCUCUGUCUACUACAACGGACAGACCUUCUUCCCCAGCUGUAAGUACCAGUGCAUGUGCUACGACGGGCAGAUCGCCUGCGUGCCGCGCUGCAACGUGGACGUCAUGCUGCCCGGGCCGGACUGCCCCAUGCCCCGCAGGGUCCAGGUUCCCGGGGAGUGCUGUGAGAAGUGGGUGUGUGAGCCCCAAGUCGAAGCCAGCGCGCUGGGCGGCUUCGCCAUGGCGGCCUAUCGGCAGGAGGAGACGGUGAGCUUUGACAGCUGGGAUCCCAGCCUGAACUGCAUUGAGCAGACCACAGAGUGGGGCGCCUGCUCUCGGACGUGUGGCAUGGGGGUGUCCACCAGGGUCACCAACAAGAACCAGGCGUGUGAGAUGGUGAAGCAGAGUCGGCUGUGUAUGAUCAGACCGUGUGACGAGCAGCAGGAGCAUCUGGCACUACUUGCACCAAAGCGAGGCAGUAAGUGCCAGAGGAUAGCCCGUAGCGAACAAGCAGUUCACCUCUCCCACAACAACUGUACCAGCGUUCUCGCCUACAAACCUCGCUACUGCGGCUCCUGCACGGACGGCCGCUGCUGCACCCCUCACAGGACCAAAACGGUGCUGGUUGAGUUCCAGUGCGCCCACAGUAAAAGCGUCAGGAGGCCCGUCAUGGCCAUCCUGUCCUGCGUCUGCCACAGCCACUGCCCUCGGGACAACACCGUGUGGCAGCCGUCACAGCUGCCGUACGGCGGCACGAUAUAG